AUGCAGCAUGCAGCAUGCAGCGUGCACGUUCAUAACGAGGAAGUGUAUCCCGAGAGAGGAACGGGUGAGGAGACGUAUUUGUGCAUUCGUCUAGUCUUUGGACCAGUCCCGGCCGUCGACAAGAGUGGAGGCGCAUUCUGCCGAGCCGGAUGGAUGGGAGAGAAGAUCUACAAACUACGGAGCGCGAAUACAUCUGGCGAAAAAAACCACGAAGCGGACUUCAAGCACUUGGGACCAGAACAAAGAAAAGAAAAGGUGUGGCUUGCCGAAACUGCUUAUACGCCGGUCAUGAGGCAAUUAAGGGUUCCUGGUUGCACUGGUGGCGCACGUCCGGCGUCACUAGAGGGCUGUGCUUGUUUGCCUGCAUCGCCUCUUGCGCCCGCGACAAUGCCUCUCUCUGUGCCCAUGGCCGCCCUGGCCCGUCGAGCCCCGGCCCUGCUCCGACACGGACGCAGAGUCCCCCAGCCGCUCGCCGCGCGCUCCUUCACCUCGGCUGCCCUCAACAGCUCUGCCAGCCGCUCAAUUCGCAUCGAGCAGGCCAAGCGAUGGACCCCGACCGUCGCCACCCGCUGCUACAGCGCCAGCCCGUCGCAGGAAGCCCCCAAUACCAGGGCUUAUCUCGAGAGCGGCGUCAUCAAGCCGCAGAAGACGGUUGAUGUCAAAAAGGUCCUCGUCAUUGGCAGUGGUGGUCUUGCCAUUGGACAGGCUGGCGAGUUUGACUACUCUGGUUCACAAGCCCUCAAGGCCUUGAAAGAGGCUGGUGUCGCUUCCGUCCUUAUCAACCCCAACAUUGCCACAAUUCAGACCAACCACUCACUCGCCGACGAGGUCUACUACCUGCCCGUCACCCCAGAAUACGUCUCCUACGUCAUUGAGCGCGAAAAGCCCGAUGGCAUCUUUCUCUCCUUUGGUGGUCAGACCGCGCUCAACCUCGGUGUCGAGAUGGAGCGCCAGGGUCUCUUUGAAAAGUACGGCGUCAAGGUCCUCGGCACCAGCGUCCACACCCUCGAGCUCUCCGAGGAUCGUGAUCUCUUCGCCAAGGCUCUCGAGGAGAUCAACAUUCCCAUUGCCAAGUCUAUUGCCGUCGGCACCAUCGACGAGGCUCUUGACGCUGCCGACAAGAUUGGCUACCCCAUCAUUGUCCGUGCCGCUUUCGCCCUCGGCGGUCUCGGCUCCGGCUUCGCCAACAACAAGGACGAGCUCCGCAACAUGGCUGCCCGCUCCCUGACUCUCUCGCCCCAGAUUCUCGUCGAAAAGUCGCUCAAGGGCUGGAAGGAGGUCGAGUACGAGGUCGUUCGUGAUGCCAACAACAACUGCAUUACCGUCUGCAACAUGGAAAACUUUGACCCUCUUGGCAUUCACACCGGUGACUCUAUCGUUGUUGCCCCCAGUCAGACGCUUAGCGACGAAGAAUACCACAUGCUUCGCACUGCCGCCAUCAAGAUUGUCCGCCAUCUCGGUGUCGUCGGUGAAUGCAACGUCCAGUACGCCCUGCAGCCCGACGGCCUCGACUACCGUGUCAUCGAGGUCAACGCCCGUCUCUCCCGUUCCUCAGCCCUCGCCUCCAAGGCCACCGGCUACCCGCUCGCUUACACCGCCGCCAAGAUUGGUCUCGGCCACACCCUGCCCGAGCUUCCCAACGCCGUCACCAAGACGACCACUGCCAACUUUGAGCCUUCGCUUGAUUACAUCGUCACCAAGAUUCCCCGCUGGGAUUUGGCCAAGUUCCAGCACGUCAAGCGCGACAUUGGCAGCGCCAUGAAGUCGGUCGGCGAGGUCAUGGCCAUCGGUCGCACCUUUGAGGAGUCGUUCCAAAAGGCCAUCCGCCAGGUCGACCCCCGCUUCGUUGGCUUCCAGGGCGACAAGUUUGAUGACCUCGACUUUGAGCUCCAGAACCCCACCGACCGCCGCUGGCUCGCCGUCGGCCAAGCCAUGAUCCACGAGAACUACUCUGUCGACAAGGUUCAUGACCUUACCAAGAUUGACAAGUGGUUCCUGUACAAGCUGCGAAACAUUGUUGAGUGCACCCGCGAGCUCGAGGCCGCCGGCGGCCUCCAGGCCCUGCAAAAGGACCAGGUGCUCAAGGCCAAGAAGAUGGGGUUCUCCGAUCGUCAAAUCGCCAACGCUGUCAAGAGCACCGAGGAUGAGGUUCGCGCAUACCGUCUUAGCUUCGGCAUUCGCCCCUGGGUCAAGAGAAUCGAUACCCUCGCCGCCGAGUUCCCCGCUGACACCAACUAUCUCUACACCACAUACAACGGCUCUUCACACGACGUCACUUUUGAGGACAAAGGUACCGUCAUUCUCGGCUCUGGUGUUUACCGCAUUGGUAGCUCUGUCGAAUUCGAUUGGUGUGCUGUCAGCGCCACUCAAACUCUCCGCGAUAUGGGUGAGAAGACUGUCAUGAUUAACCUAACACCCACACUGUAUAAUCCCGAAACGUACUCAACCGAUUUCGAUACUGCUGACAAGCUCUAUUUCGAAGAGCUCAGCUACGAGCGUGUCAUGGACAUUUACGAGCUCGAGGGCGCCAAGGGCGUUGUCGUGUCUGUUGGCGGCCAGCUCCCCCAGAACAUUGCGCUCCGGCUGCAAGAGACUGGCGGUGCCAACGUGCUCGGCACCGACCCCAAGGACAUUGAUAAGGCCGAGGACCGUCAAAAGUUCUCCGAGAUUCUCGACAGCAUCGGCGUUGACCAGCCCGCCUGGAAGGAGCUCACGUCUGUGCAGGACGCCGAGGCGUUUGCGCAGGAAGUCGGCUACCCCGUGCUCGUGCGCCCGAGCUACGUGCUCUCGGGCGCGGCCAUGACCGUCAUCCGCAGCCAGGAGGACCUCAAGGACAAGCUCGAGGCGGCCAGCAACGUGUCGCCUGACCACCCCGUCGUCAUCACCAAGUUCAUCGAGGGCGCCGAGGAGAUUGACGUCGACGGUGUCGCCUCCAAGGGCGAGCUCAUCCUCCACGCCGUCUCCGAGCACGUGGAGCAGGCCGGCGUUCACUCGGGUGACGCCACGCUCGUGCUGCCGCCCGCCAACCUCGACGCCGGCAUCAUGCGCCGCGUCAAGGAGAUUGCGCAAAAGGUCGCCGGCGCCUGGAACAUCACCGGCCCCUUCAACAUGCAAAUCAUAAAGGCCGACAACCCCGCCGGCGGCGAGCCGCUCCUCAAGGUCAUUGAGUGCAACCUCCGCGCGUCCCGCUCGUUCCCGUUUGUCUCCAAGGUGCUCGGCGUCAACUUCAUCGAGGUCGCGACCAAGGCGCUCGCCGGUAAGCAGGUGCCCGACCCGACGGACCUCAUGGCCGUCGAGCGCGACUACCUCGCCACCAAGGUGCCGCAGUUCUCGUGGACCCGCCUCGCCGGCGCCGACCCCUUCCUCGGCGUCGAGAUGUCGUCGACGGGCGAGAUUGCCUGCUUCGGCAAGACCCUCGUCGAGGCCUACUGGGCCUCGCUCCAGUCCACCAUGAACUUCCGCAUGCCCGAGCCCGGCGAGGGCCUGCUCUUUGGCGGCGAGGUCGACGAGGCGUGGCUGACCACCGUCGUCGACUACCUCGCGCCGCUCGGCUACAAGCUGUACGCCGCCGGCCACGACGUCAAGGAGCUGCUCGAGCGCCAGUGCAAGGGCAAGGUCAGCGUCGAGGUCAUUGAGUUCCCCACCGACGACAAGCGCGCCCUCCGCGAGGUCUUCAAGAAGUACGACAUUCGCGGCGUCUUCAACCUCGCCCGCGCCCGUGGCAAGACCACCCAGGACGUCGACUACGUCAUGCGCCGCAACGCCGUCGACUUUGGCGUCCCGCUGUUCAUGGAGCCCAAGACUGCCAUGCUCUUUGCCCAGUGCAUGAGCGAGAAGCUGCCGCGUCCAGAGGGUAUCCCCUCCGAGGUCCGCCGCUGGUCCGAGUUCAUUGGCGGCAAGCCUCUGUAA